AUGCUGCGCCUGGGCGUAGUGCUUUGUGCCGCUGGGGGUGCUCUUGCCGAGAUGCUAUCCUUUGCGCCGACGAUACAAAACGUUUCUCCGCGUGAAUGUUCCCUGUCCUCCAUUGCUGCGACGAUAGCAUGGCCUGCAGUCGUACCAACCGACGACGUCCUUGAUGCCUAUGAGCUGUCCUACCGGGUGGUACAGAAUACCACGUGGAUAUCGUGGUCGAACUCACUGACGGGUCGAAUCGGCGCCGUGCCUUCGCUCGAAGUGCAAACGGUUGUCAGCCGCGGCCUGUCAGGGCCGAUCACGGGCGGGUACUUUCGCCUAACAAGCUCGUAUCUCAGCAUCGCCGACGUGGACACUCGAACUGGCCUUGCAGUGUCGCCCUUGAUAGCAUUCGAUGCCUCGGCCGCCGACGUCCGAGCUGCACUCGAAGCGAUCCACGACAUUAUGCAUGUUCAAGUGACGCGAGAAGGACCGGAUCUUCUCGGUGGGUAUGCGUGGCGCAUCGAGUUUCAUGAGGAGCACGCGCGCCCGAUGCUUGGCAUCCACACGAAUCUCCUGGACAACGGGAGUGUCUCGAUCAGUCAAGUUGACCUGCCCACGUCCAUGUGCACCACUGACUGCAUCGCAACGGUGACGGGCUUGUCGGCUAACACAAACUAUGUCUUUCGAGUGCGCGCGCAUGCUGCAACGGCCGGGUGGGGGCCAUGGAGUCCUGUCACGAAACCGUGGACCACGUGCACACUGGCUCUACCUGGGAUGCCAACUCAAGUCAUUGCUACCAGUGUCAGUCCGGUGGGUAUUUCAGUGACGUGGGCGGCUCCAAGCGAUGCGACCACGUCGUUGCCGAUUCGAUCGUACUCGUUUGGGCAUCGCUGCAACGACGACAUCUUUUGGCGCACGCAAAUCAUCCCCUCGAACACUCCAUUCGCCGCGGUCACCACCGCCCGUCCCAACGCAAAUUGCCAAGUUCGCGUGCUGGCCACGAAUGACGUCGGCAGUGGACAGUACAGCGACGUCGUGUCCGUGCGAACGUUGCCAGGCCCACCCCUGCCACCAUUAAGCGCGGUGCUCUCGUCCAUAAGCGAGUCGAUGCUGCGCAUUUCCAUCACUCCCACAAUGGACGACGGGGGAGCUCAACCUGUAGCGUACAUCGCAGAGAUCAAAACAGCGGACGGCACCGACUGGAUUCCGUUGCCCACGCUUUCCCCGGUCGUUGGCAGUGCUGCUGUCCUCACCUUGGACUGGCAAGCGCCUGCCCCAUACACUCGAUACGUGGCUCGUGUGUCGUCGAAGAAUUCGUUGGGGGCUAGCGACUGGGUCGUGUCCAACUUUAUUCGAACGGACCGACCGCGAGUGGUCGCUGCACGCAAAGCUGCAGAUCCGCGGGCCAUCGAAAUGCUUGUGGUGCCGGCGUUGACGGCAGGAGAGGCGGCGAAUCGACAGGACAAGUAUUACAUGGCAGGGACGGCCAACGGUGGGCGACUCGGCGGCGACGGACAGCCUGGAGCGGUGUACGUGCGGGUGUUUGCGAUGGACGGCGCGCUGCUGAAGCAAGACGCAGUCUACUUUACGGGAUCUGUGCAGAAUUACACGAUUCCAGACACUCCCAAGUACGUCCGGGCUGUCGCUGACGUGUAUGCGUGGGGCGGCGGCGGCGGUGGCGGGAGCAUCAAUGCACACGAUGGGGGAUUUGGGGGCGGCGGGGGCUUCGCCCGAGCUGCGUUCUCGAUCACCCGUGGAUCGGUGUUUCAAGUUACUGUGGGCGGAGGCGGUGGCGGGGCGACCUCGCGCAGUGGUGGCUCGGGUGGGUUUGGUGGGGGUGGUCGCGGUGGACGGGGCCAUUUCGUCGGUGGAGGCGGAGGUGGAGCAACGUUGAUUCACAUUGAAAAGCCUCGUGGACAAUGGACGCUUGUGCUGGUGGCUGCAGGAGGCGGUGGCGGGGGAGCAAGUUCCGUGUGCUGUGCCGCCGGAGGCGCAGCUGGCGGCGUGAACGGCACGGCAGGCAUGGAGCCGACCGCCGCCCAGAUGGGACUCCCAUUAUCACUCGCCAACCGAGACGAGUUUCACUCCAAGUUUGAAUUUGGCGACACGCGCGAUUUCACGGGCUCAGCGGCUCGGGAUAAUAAUGUUGAAUUUGGAUAUGCACCGGGCGCGGAUUUUGCGACCCUGGCGGGUGGAGGUGGCGGUGGUCGAUGUGCGUCUGGGGGAGAAGCUGGUCGCCAGAGCUCAUACGAAUCUGCCAUCCAGCAAGUUGCAACAUUUGGUCAACCGUUCGUUGGAGGUAUUGGCGGCGACGGGAAAAAAGGUGGCGGCGGGGGUGGUGGCGGCUUCUUUGGUGGCGGGGGAGGUGGAGGAGGUCUCGAAGGCGCCGGAGGUGGCGGUGGAAGUGGGUACAUCUCGGCGUCGGAGGUCGAGCCACUCCCCGAUCCAGUCCAAGCGCCAGUUCCCCAACAAGUUACGAUCACGUCGGGUGUGACGACGUUGUCGAUUCAAUGGCGACCUCCAGAGAAUGGUCCCUUCACCCACCGACACCAAAAUGUGGGGUACAUCGUCGAAGUGGCGAGCGGCUACGCCAACGAAGACUUUGUCCCCGUGGACGGAACAACCAACACACAAUUUGUCUUGUCUGGGCUAACUCCCGCGACAUCGUACGCCAUUCGGAUCAAGCUCCUUGUGCCUGGCGAUUUGGGGGGGUACAGCUCCCGCGUCGUAGCGCAGACUUUGCCCCGGCCGACCAACUCGUGGCAGCACAUUCGACCAACGCUGUUGAUGCAAAGCAAUGUCGGAGGUGGAUUUCGACAUGCCGAUGGGGCGUUCGGGUCGCCGUCCCCGCGACGCGGACAUACCAUGGUCGUGCUGGGGGAGUACACCUACUUGUUUGGCGGAUUUGGACCCGGGUAUCGAUGCCAACGAGGCACGAGCGACGUGUGCAUGGCUUCGCCGUUGGAAAACAACGAGCUCUGGCGGUACCAUUCCACGACGCAAACUUGGUACGUUUCGAUUUCAGCAACGCUCCACGUACAAGAUGUGGUUGGCGGCGUGCGCCCACCUCCCCGUGAAAAGCACUCGGCGUCCGCGUUGGGCGAUGGCAAAAUGCUCGUGUUUGGAGGGCGUCAACUCGCGGGGCCGAGAGCUUUCAACGACGUGUGGCAGCUGGACGUUGGGACGACCACGACGCUGGCAUCGACGCAGACGACGCCCAACGUGGCGCUUGUAGAUGGACAAGACACAUGGACAGCCGCCAUGGCGAGCAUUGAUCCGACGAGAAUGUGCAUCCGGUCCAUGCAAGUGGUCCUGAACAUCACGCACGCGUGCCUGAACACGCUCGAAGUGUUUCUAUACGGACCUGGCCCAACGACGUUGCCGUCGCUGCAGCAGGAUUACAUGACCGGGUCAGACGUGGUGGGCGACGUCAUGUGGACGAUUGACGGCGGCAACCAACCCAACGGACCCAUCCGCGCGUCGUCAGCGGUCCCGACAACACGAGGCCAUCGCGUGCAGCUGUAUGGUGCUGCAAAUGCCUCGAUGGCGUGUCGAUCAGGUCCGCAAACGCUCGUUUUCAACUCCACGACGUCGUUGGAGCCAAUGGAUGCGUUUUCCCAUUUGCCAGCGGCGGGGACGUGGACGUUGCAGAUUCACGACCGCGAAAAAGACUCGCUCGCGGGAACCCUCACGUCGUGGGGAAUCGAAUGGAUCAUGGAGCCAUGCACCCCGUCGUACGAGUGGACCAACGUCGGUGGGUCCAUUCACGGCACCCCGCCGUCGCCGCGCUACCAACACACGAGCAUUGCAGUCGGACCCACGACUCUGUUUGUGUUUGGCGGCAAAGACACCGUCGAAUACCCUGACGAUCUCUACCGACUCGACUUUUACUCUUCAACGAGCUCCCGGAAUGCGUGGCAGGUAUUGCAGCCCGUGGGACUGUCGAGCUUCCAUCGACGCUACGGCCAACUCUUUUUUGUCACGCCAUUUCAAGCCCUUGUCCCGACGGCAGGUCUCCGCGAAGAGCUCGACACGCCUCCGAUCGAGGACCAGCUACAGGCGUUGGACAUGAUGCAAUAUGCGUUGACAGAGCCAACGUCCGCGAUGCAACCCCUUCAAGCCAUGAAUACCACAACUAGCGCUCCUAGUCAACGGUACUUUACAAGUGGAGGUUGGUGGACGCUGCCAACUUCGCCAUCGUCGAAAGUUGUGUUGUUUGGCGGCCAAGACCAGACCGGGUUCUUGGACGAUUUGUGGGAACUUUCACUGGCAGAGUCGCCGCCACCAAGUGUGUCCCCCGACUACAUUUGUCCGUGGAUGAUGCGCACGCGGGCUGCCGAAUGGUCCAUCUCAUGCGGGGCGACGAGCUUGCCAAGUCAGCCGUGCAGCGUAUCAUCGAUUCUUCAAGCAGCGUGGUGCCAAGGCUCGUAUCAAACCAUCCAAAACUUGUUCUGACCUGUACUCGUUGGAUAUUUAUGUGUUGCUAGCUAUGGAGGUCGAUGGCAUUUGUCGAGAUCGCAGUUGAAUGACCGAU